AUUUGGAGGCAAACCAUGGAAUUAUUAUUAUCAUGUCUAGGUGAGGCGAUUCCGCUUGAAUACAAUCUUGCGGGUCUGAAUGCAAUAAGCUUUGACAAAGGGUGCUAUGUUGGGCAAGAGCUUGUAGCUCGUACGCAUCACCGGGGUGUGAUCCGCAAGCGUUUGCUUCCUUUAAGGUUUCUCAAUGAUAGAGGAGAAGAAAUGGAGCAAAAUGUCAGUCCUGGCUCAGAGGUGAAGGACACAGCCUCCCACAAGAAGAUCGGUGCCGUGACGACUGCACUUGGGUGUCGAGGGCUUGGUCUUCUGCGGUUGGAGGAUGCCUUCAAAGGAUCAGGUACAUUGAGCAUACAAGGACAGGAGAAUGUGAAGGUGGAGGCUAUUAGACCAGAUUGGUGGCCUGCCGAAUGGUUCCUAGAGCAUCAACGGCAGCAUACUGCAGUUGCUUAGAGUGCUUCUUCAGAGAAAAACAAUACAUCUUUGGACUCAGAUCAAUCCUACUUACUAUCUUCUUGUAGUUCUUCUUUACAUUUUCCUUCUUUUUUUUUUUUUUCUUUUUUUGUUUUUUUAGUGAGGAAUAAAAUGAGGCAGUUCUUUCUUCUUUUAUUAAAGAAAAAAGAAGAAAAUUGUUUGUUGCCGUAAUCUUUUAUUUAUUAUUAUUAUUUAUUUUUUUGAAAUUGAAUGAGGAAAAGAAGGCUAGUGGUUGCAAAUGUAUACGUUAAUGUAAUGACUAAUGAGAAACUACAUUCAGAAAUCGAACAAAUAAGCAGGAGGUUCUUCCUCCCAGAGUUUUUU